AGCCUUUCGGCUCUUGGCAGCUUUUGACGAUCUGAGAGAGCAGCUUUCAAGGAAGUAUGGCAAAGCCAACUCCUGGCUUGGAUGACUUCGAGAGCUUGCGGGUGCUCGGGAAAGGCAGCUACGGCAAGGUCUUCUUGGUGCGUCACAAGGAUUCGGGCUCAGAGAAGCUCUAUGCCAUGAAGAUGCUCAGGAAAGAGCACGUGCUCAACCGCAACCAAGUGGAGCACACCAAGACGGAGCGGAACGUGCUGGAGCAUGUCUCACAUCCCUUCAUCGUCUCCCUUCACUACGCGUUCCAAACACCCAAAAAGCUGUACCUUGUGCUGGACUACUGCCCCGGUGGUGAGCUCUUCUUCCACCUUAGCCGUGCGGGGCGCUUCUCGGAAGGCCGCACCAGGUUCUACAUUUGCGAGCUACUGCUGGCUUUGGAGUACCUCCACAGCUUGAAUAUUAUCUUCCGCGACCUGAAGCCGGAGAACGUGCUGCUGGACGCAGAGGGCCACGCCAAGCUCACGGACUUUGGGCUCAGCAAGGAGGGGAUCUGCGACAACUUCUCGGCGCGGACGAUGUGCGGCACCCCGGAGUAUUUGGCCCCGGAGCUCUUGGAUUCCAAGGGCCACGGCCGCGCCGUGGACUGGUACUCGCUGGGCGCCUUGGCCUACGAGAUGCUCACCGGCCUGCCGCCCUACUACACCCAGGACAGGAACUUGCUCUUCGAGCGCAUCCGGCGUGCUGCGCUCUCCUACCCUCAGUACAUCAGCCCCGUGGCCAAGAGUCUCCUCCAGAGCUUGCUGGAGCGCCAGCCGGAGAAGCGCUUGGGCGGCGGCCCCCACGAUGGGGUGGAGAUCCGGAGCCACAGCUUCUUCAGCUCGGUGGACUGGGAGGCCAUCUAUCAGCGCCUGGUGACUCCGCCCUUCAAGCCCAAGGUCGCUGGGGCCGCAGACGUCUCCAACUUCGAGAAGGAGUUCGUGGACAUGCCGGUGGUGGUCUCCGAAGCCGGCGCAGGCCCGGGGGUCCACUUCGACGGCUUCACCUACCAGGGAGAGCAGCCGGGCACUGUGAUGGGACUCUGAGGUUGAGGGCUACGUGCCUACGCACGGCUCGUGAGAGUGGCUCAUGUCGUGUACCCGCGGGUUGGCGACAUGCCUGCGAUUCUCAAAUCGGGGGAAGUACCCUUCCUGCCCCGAACAUGG